CUUCAAUCCCACCCCCCAUACUGCCGGUCAGAAACACCAGACACAAUGAGUUCACCACUACGCCCAAGCCAUUUCGCCGCAAAUCGCGGCCUGGGAAACCUCGGUCGACGCAAGAGAGACAGAGAACCCGAUGAUGAGACUUCAUCGGUCGCCCCUCCUUCGAGUCCUCCCCCUUCUUCCCCUCCUAUGCUCCCUUUCGACGAGGAUGACAAUGAGGGAGAUGAAGAGGCUGACAUGCUGGGCGAUAUCGACGAUCUCGAUGAGAUGGCCGAAGAUGAAGAUGGCAUUGACUUGUUCGGCGAUACCUUUGAGAAAGAUUACAGAAGCACACAAGACCAGCAAUACCGCGGAACGUACAUCGACGACGACGGCGACCAUGAGGAGCUGGAUAUGGCCACUCGUCGUCAGCUGGAAGCUCGCUUAAACAAGAGAGAUCGGGAACUGGAGCGCCGUCGCCGCAUGCCUGCCGCCUUCCUGCAGGACGAUGAAGAUGCCGAAGUCGAUCUCACUCGUCAGCCCCGUCGGCGCAGACACCACUACGACGAGGAUCGGGAUGACGUUGAGAUGGGCGACGAUGUCAUGGAAGAGCUCUCCCUGGAGGAGUUGACCGACGUCAAGGCUCCGAACAUCACCGACUGGGUUCUUCAGCCUCAAGUCCUGCGAUCCAUCUACCGCGAGUUCAAGGCGUUCCUUACGGAAUUCACCGACCCUACUGGUAGUUCCGUCUACGGUAACAAGAUUAAGACCCUUGGUGAGGUGAACUCCGCAUCGCUUGAGGUCAGCUAUGUGCACCUCCUCAACACCAAGGCUGCUCUUGCAUACUUCCUUGCCAACGAGCCCACCGAGGUAUUGAAAGUCUUCGAUCAAGUUGCCCUCGAUGUGACUCUGUUCCACUACCCGCAAUACCACGAUAUCCACAACGAGAUUCAUGUCCGGAUCACGGACCUCCCCGUCAUUUACACUCUCCGCCAACUCCGUCAGUCCCACCUCAACUGCCUUCUGCGUGUCAGCGGUGUCGUCACUCGCCGCACUGGCGUCUUCCCUCAGAUGAAAUAUGUUAUGUUCAUUUGCGGGAAGUGUAGGACGCACCUGGGUCCCUUCCAACAGGAAGCCAGUGCGGAAGUCAAGAUCACAUUCUGUCAGAACUGUCAGGCCAAGGGACCUUUUACCGUUCACUCCGAGAAGACAGUGUACCGCAACUACCAGAAGUUGACCCUGCAGGAAUCCCCUGGCUCUGUCCCCGCCGGUCGUCUCCCCCGCCAGCGCGAGAUCGUUCUUCUUGCCGACCUUAUCGACUCGGCCAAGCCUGGUGAUGAAAUCGAGGUUACCGGUAUCUACCGCAACAGCUACGAUGCGCAGCUCAACAACAAGAACGGAUUCCCCGUCUUCGCCACGAUCAUCGAGGCCAAUCACAUCGUCAAGUCCCACGACCAGCUGGCUGGUUUCCACCUGACGGAAGAGGAUGAGCGAGAAAUCCGCGCCCUGUCCAGAGACCCCGAGAUUGUCGACAAGAUCGUUCGCUCGAUUGCCCCCAGUAUCUACGGUCACCUAGACGUCAAGACCGCCAUCGCGCUGUCCCUCUUCGGUGGAGUCAGCAAGCAGGCCCAAGGCAAGAUGUCCAUCCGUGGAGAUAUCAACGUGCUGCUGCUUGGUGACCCCGGUACCGCCAAGUCCCAGUUCCUGAAGUACACCGAGAAGACGGCACAUCGAGCCGUAUUCGCCACGGGUCAGGGUGCUAGUGCAGUCGGUUUGACGGCCAGUGUCCGGCGAGAUCCCUUGACCAGCGAAUGGACGCUGGAAGGAGGUGCUCUCGUGUUGGCGGACCGAGGUACCUGCCUGAUUGACGAGUUCGACAAGAUGAACGACCAGGACCGGACCUCGAUCCACGAGGCCAUGGAACAGCAGACGAUCUCCAUCUCUAAGGCCGGUAUUGUCACGACGCUGCAAGCGCGCUGUGCCGUUGUGGCCGCCGCCAACCCAAUCGGCGGCCGCUACAACAGCUCCGCCCCGUUCUCGCAUAACGUCCAACUCACCGAACCCAUCCUGUCUCGUUUUGAUAUCCUGUGCGUCGUCCGCGACUUGGUUGACCCCACCGAGGACGAGCGCCUGGCCAACUUUGUCGUGGAGUCGCACUCGCGCGCCAACCCCUCCCGCCCUCUCCGCGACGAGGACGGCAACCUGGUCAACGCAGACGGCCACCCCAUCGACGAAGAUGGCUACCGCAUCAACAAGAAGACCAAGGAACGCCUCCCACCCACCCAGGAGGAGCUUGCCGCGCGCGAAGCCGAGGCCCGCAAGCGCGAGGAGGAGAAAGAGGGUGAGAUCCCGCAAGAGCUGCUCCGCAAGUACAUCCUGUACGCCCGGGAACGGUGCCACCCGAAGCUGUACCAGAUCGACCAAGACAAGAUCGCCCGUCUCUUUGCCGACAUGCGCCGUGAGUCUCUGGCCACGGGUGCCUACCCUAUUACCGUCCGUCACCUCGAAGCCAUCAUGCGUAUCGCCGAAUCCUUCUGCAAGAUGCGUCUCUCGGAGUAUUGUUCCGCCCAGGACAUCGACCGCGCCAUCGCCGUGACCGUCGACUCGUUCAUCGGCAGUCAAAAAGUCAGCUGCAAGAAGGCUCUUUCUCGUGCAUUCGCCAAGUACACCCUCUCCCGACCCAAGCCGCAAUCCCGUCGCAAAGCAGGCAUCCCCGCCCCGGACCCAUUCCGCCCGAGAAUGUCGUCCGUUCGGCCCCGGUAGAGGGUCUGCUUUCGAUGUUAAUCGUCCGAAUGAUUCCCGCCUGUUUUUCCUAUUCCUUCCCUCCCCUUCACAAAUCCGGGGCUGCGUUUAAGGAAAGAAAAGCUUUCAGCGAGGGUAUCUCCACGACACAGCACCUCCUUCUCUUUUUUUUUUCCCCUCUUCUUUUUCCCCUGCGGGAUUUAAAGUCUGGAAUACCCGGACACCGGGAUGAAACGAUCUAUCGAUGUUAUCAACAAGUUCUUGCGGGCAACGUUUUGCAUUUCACAUUUUCACCGUCAUGAAUUUUCCUAGUAUGCGUGCGGCGAGGGGGAGUUCGGGUUUCUGAUUCAUUAGGGAAAUAGGGGGGGGUCUUGGGUUUUUAUCUUAUUUUUUUGUUGUUGAAAUAUCUGUGAUGCGAUGUGAUGCGAUGUGAUGUGAUAUGGGAAGUAUUCCCCGGAGAGGAGCAGACAUAUACCUACCUACCUACCUUACUUAGUU